GAGACCGAGCGGUUCAUUCAUCUUCUUCCACAGAAAGAAGUGAGGUGAACUCGGGAGCUUGCUUUACAUGAGAGACGAACUGUUUUGGAGGAAAAUACUGCUGUGACAUCAAGCUGGGAAGCACUUUCCUCCCUCGUGAGAAGGAGCUGAAUUUUCCUCCAUAUAUAACAGGUGAGGUGAAAGAAGCAGCAGCUGACCGAGCAGCAGAACAAAACCAUUAAAUUAAAGAUCAGGAGCUCCUUGUCAUCAGGAUGGCCUUGGGGGGAAUGAAGACACUGGUUGGAGGGCACAGCAAAACCCAUCAUCAUCUGGACUAGAGGUGAGGCAUCAUGGGGAAACACAACAGUAAGCUGGCCCCAGAGGUGCUCGAUGACCUGACCAAGAGCACAGAGUUCAACGAGGCAGAGCUCAAGCAGUGGUAUAAAGGCUUCCUCAAAGACUGUCCCUCUGGCAUUCUGAACCUGGAGGAGUUUCAGCAGCUCUACGUUAAGUUUUUCCCAUAUGGUGAUGCGUCAAAAUUUGCUCAGCACGCCUUUCGCACGUUUGACAAGAAUGGCGACGGGACCAUCGACUUCAGGGAGUUCAUCUGCGCUCUGUCCAUCACCUCCAGGGGGAGCUUUGAGCAGAAACUCAACUGGGCCUUUAAUAUGUAUGAUCUCGAUGGAGAUGGAAAGAUCACACGCAUGGAGAUGUUGGAGAUCAUUGAGGCCAUCUACAAGAUGGUCGGCACGGUGAUCAUGAUGCGCAUGAAUGAGGAUGGGCUGACGCCUCAGCAACGCGUUGACAAGAUCUUCUCCAAGAUGGACAAAGACCACAACGACGAGAUCACCUUGGAGGAGUUUAAGGAGGCGGCCAAGUCUGACCCUUCCAUCGUCUUACUGCUGCAGUGUGAUAUGCAGAAGUAGAAGGCAAGAGGCAGGGAAAACCAGGAGGGAUGGGAUCUGAGGUGAACUGAAACUAGGGAAGGGAGGAGGCUGACAAAAGACAGGGAGGGAUGCAGUUCUGCAGGAGGAGGAAGAAUUGAUGACUGGAAUUGUGCAAACCUCAGAUUGAUGCCUUUCUAUUUUUUCUCACUGUGCAGUCCUCUGCUUCACUCUAGAUGGGAGGCUUGACAAAUUCAGUCAGAUGGUCUGUGAAAAGUGGAAUUCCCUCCUGCUGCAUUUGGUGCAGAGCGGUAUGGUGUUACUCGUGCUUUCACACUGUGUUCAAUGUGAGAUCACAAGGCUGCAGGGUAACAGCAGUGUGGAGAUCAGCUAUCUUACUGAGAAUACUAAUUUAUAUUCAUGGAAUAUUAGACAUUUCAUUGCGCCAGUAAAUUUGAAGCCUACUAAAACAAUAUAAUUGACAUGGAUCCUACUAAGGGCAACUUGUAAAUCCACAGUUUCUGGCAAUAAACAAAGAAAAAAAAUACCUGUUUUUGCAUCUCUCACUUUGUGUGAGAGAAAAAUAUGUUUAUACAUUUUGCAGGCUGGACAUAUAUGUACUGUUUAGAUCAGACCCUGGCUGUAUUGAUUAGAUCCUCCACAGCCAAAUUCCCAACUGCUUCCGGGUAGCGUUUUGUUGCAGAAUAUGGCUCCGUGUCCGCCAGCUAAACACGAGGCAGGUGGCUGAUGAAAAAAGUCACACGCCUGCCUCCAGCAGCAUGGUGAAGCAUAUCAAUCCACUCCUCAGUCACUUCUAGCUGCGCCCGAAGCUUUCAUACCAAAAAUCAAUAUUUUGUGAAAGGACUUGUAAUCUAGUUAAUGUCUAGACUUGUUCUACUUGUGACGCAACCUGAGCGUUUGUUUUGCAGGUUGUAUUCAAUCUCUCUGAUCUGUGAAAUGCAUAAUAAAUUCCACAAACCACAGUCUUUCAUCAGUAAAACCACUUGUUUGAGCAACACGAUGAGGCACUUGACCAUCUCAGAGUGGGGAUACUCACAGCAGUAAUUAUAGAUCUUUUGACAGAAUGGUAUUUCUGAGAGAGGCCAUUUAAUAGCCGUCUCUUCUCUUCCUGUCCCUGCGACCUAAUGCUGCCCCGUUUUUGUUUUUUUCCUCUCUAAAUGUCAUGGAGGAAGGGCUUUGAUAAUAGGUAAAGGGACCGGAACUUCACUCAGAUCUACAAUCGAUGAAAAAUGGAACAAAAGGUUGAAGAGGUAGCUCAGGUGGUGUGUGUCACCUGUGUCAAGUUAGAUGAAAUAAGGAAACUGGAUGGUGUAACUACAUAUUUGCAGUAAAUAGCCAGAAAUAUGUAGAAACCAUUGCACAACAAGUUGCUAAACAGGGUGCUAAACCAGUUGCUUUUUAGGGAUGUCCCAAUCAGUAUUUUUAGAUCUAAGUAAUCAUAGAAUAGGCAUUGUCCGCUACUUUUUCAAAGUCAAAGCCAUGAAUAUUCCUGAAAACUCCAAAGCUUUGAAGUUUUUUAAGGCAUUGGUCUAAAUGUCACUUACCAAUGACAUUUUGGAUGCAGCAAUACCUGUUUUGUUUGAUUGUGACUGAAAGGUUGACCAAGAAGGACGUCCUCUUGUUCGUAAAGAUAUUUCUGACUUAAUGCAUACAGCUUCUGUUCUCUUGCUCUAACUGGCAACGUUCUAUUAAGGAACAGUCUGCCGAAGUUCCAAGCAAAAGCUAGCAUUUCAACAGUCUCUCUUUGAUAUGACCUGUUAAUAAGUCAAACCAAAGCUAAUGUUGAUGUGGCUUAAGUUAAUUGUUUGACAAAGAAACCUAUAGAAAAGGUUGUUCUUCUGCUUCUUAACUUUGCACUAGUGUUUGAGCUGCUCUCCGUAAAGCUCUCUUUGAAGGUCUCCCAUACAUAACACAGCCAGGCAAGGUGUAGUAGUCACCAAAGUUCUUGCUCUUUGAACAUCAUUGUAAAAUGCAAGAAAAUACUUUAAGUAAAAGCCAGUCUCAUGAGAUCAAUAAAAUAACGUACCUAGCCUAUAAUAGAGUUUUGCAAGUCAUUAACAACAAACAUUGCCAUGACUUCAUAGUCCAAAUUGACCAUGCAGCUGCACAGGCUGCUGUGGGGACACGAUCACAGACAUUACACCAAUAACAUUUCAUUAUAAUAUAUUAUCGUUUGUGUUCUGAGUUGACUUGUUAUAAUUAUAAAAUGCCAGGAGUUUUUUUCAGACUGUUGAUAUCUCCUUUCCUUUAUGAGGAAUACAGCUGUGUUCUUUGUAUUUAGGAAAGGUGAGAAAUGAAAGCACCUUUCUGUUCUACACCUAUUCCAGCGUAGCCCAAUGUAAAGGCGAGGAUCUCCUCCUCCACUGCAGAGACUCCCUCCCUGUUUGCUCAGAAAAAGCCUCCUCUGUGCAGUGAUGUAAUAAACCUUCAUGUACAUUAUUAUAAUACGAGUGUAAUCGUAUUUAUGAACAUAAACAAAUAUAAGAUGUAAAUGUACCGAUAGUGCAGACCGGAUUUCAUUUUACAACACUGCUACUGAGAGAGAAAGAAUGCAUCUGUUUGAGUAAUAUUGAAUUGACAUCGAAGCUAUGUGUAUAUGUGUGUAAAUUGGGGGGUGGGGAGUGGGGGGUGAGGGGGGGGUACUGUUUGACUGUUCAGUGUUUUGUAUUUGUAUCAUUUGCGUAACAAGAGAUGCCUCAGUCUAGUUUCACUUUGUAACAAUGUGAAUGUGACCUCCUCCACUCUGAAGCACUGUGUUUUAUUACCCUCACAUAUGUUUGCUUUUAUGGUCUGCUAGAAUACAUUAUGUAUAGCCACCAAAUGGAACUGCCUACUGUCGCAAUGCUAUAAGUAAUACUGUAGGUCUAUAAGACAUUUAGUUUGCCCCAAACAGCAGAGCCGACAGUUCAUUAUCCAGCUUGAGCUUUGAGGAGAUAGCUUCAUAGAUAGAAGUGAUAAAGAAGCAAUGUUGUGUCACAGUGUCACCUAGUGGUUGGAAGAAUACUGGCAUGUCUGGAAACUGUUGCAUUCCACGUGUUAAUACAUCAUGAACAGGCCUGGAGAUCAAGGUGAGCAACAUCCACUAUUCCAGAGAAUCUUCUGAUAUUUCUAACAGCCAUACUAUUUCCCUCCCAAACAACCAUUUGUUAAUCUUUUACAAGGUUAAUGUGAGUUAAAUAAAGCCCAAGGUGGCAAAAAUACAAAGUUAAAUAUUUGAAGAAAAAUGACAAGACUUAACCACCGUCAGAUUGUUUUAAGUCAGUAUUUUAGUUUUAGUUUCCCAAUAGAAAGCAGCUGUUAACAGCAGGCAAUGCUUGCAACUAUCCAAAAAACAUAAACUGUUAGCUCAGUGCAUAUAAGCGUUUAAGGAGGGUGCACUGAAACAUCCUCAGAUGGGUUUUAACUUGGCUUUAUUGACCUACUUGGUAAGUUUGAGUUGUCUUUGUUUGCUGGUAUUUAGCUAUCAUUUAGGUGCAAUCUACAUCAGAAUGCUAUUAGGUGAGUACCCAAAAGUUUAGCAUUUUAACAUCGCAGCAAUUUAGAAGCAUUUGUAAAAAUCGGAGGAUUUGUUAAAAGGAUAUAAACUGUCAAUAUCUUGCCUGCAGUAUGUAAUUCUAUUAUGUCGUAAUUUGGUUCAAAUCUAGAUUAGCUGACCCGAAGGCUAAAGUUAAUGGGCUAGUCUGAGAGGGGCCAAGACCAUAGAAGACUUUUACCUUCUUAAUAAAACUUAAAUCUCAAAAACAUCAAAGAAGUGUAUGUGAACCCUAUUUUAUGAACUUCUAAAUCAUCAUCACGUUUGCUUUAGAUUGUUAUUUACAAGACAACAAUGAUUGUUUGCAUAGGAAACGCAGGUUGGAGGGGUUGCGCCACCAAUAACCUUCCUAGGUGCAACACUUACUGAGAACAGAACAUGUUAUGCUUUUCCAGUCGGAGUUGCAAUAUAACAGUUGGACAAAAGUACGUAAAGUAAGUCAAAUGAAUAAAAUAGCUAAUCUAAUAUUUUGCAUUUUAUGUUUACUUUUAUUUCAGAAAGAAAUGCUAGUAAAUGUUUCACACCUCAAGAUUAUUGGUGACGCACCACCUUCUUCCUCCAUUUCUUGUUAAAUAAUCAUUGUUACUGUGAAUAAUGAAUCAGUACAAACAUUAAGGUGUUUCAAAAGUUUUUAUGGUACUCUUCAUACUAAACAUGUUGAUGUUUUUGAGAAUAAAGUUACUUUAAGACAGUAGAAGUCAUCUUUGGUCUUAAGCCUUGUUGAACUAGCCAUUAACUACAGCCUCCAGAAACAAUUAAUGUGGAUGUCCUUUUAAAAGAAGACACCAUUGGAGUUCUCUACUUCAGGUAGGAUACUAACUGCUUAUAAACUUAGAACCUCACUUGAAGCAUCAAAUCAUUGCUGCUUUAACUUUUGUCUGCUGUUCCCAUAAUAGAAAGGGUAUCUUAAUAGCAGUAAAUGGAUUCCUGCCUUUCAUAUUCAUUCAUACCACAUUUACGUUUGCAUUGAUAAUUGUAAGAAUUUCAUCUGGUGGAUUGUGUUGUUUGGGGUAACACCAAAAAAAAAAAAAAAAGAUUAGAUAAAGAUUAACUCAACAGCAAUGGUGGUCUUGUCAUUUGUCUCCACAGAGCCCCCUCUGUCUUGCCUCUUCCCUUUGUGCUGUUGUGACGCACUACAUCAUCAAUAGUCAUCCCAUUUCACAUUUGCCGGUUUGCUGUAAAAUGCUCUGAUUGGAACAGAUUGGCUCACACAGAAGCUUCACAAUGCUUCUGUCUCCGCUCUGUUGUGUUGAUUAGACACUGUCCAUCCUAAUUAGCAUUGCUUGAAAACCUUGCACCCACCCCCUUCCCCAUUGCCGAUUGCAGAUCAUUUGUUAAUUUGAUUCACAUCUUUUAUUUUCAUUCAUGAUCUGGUUCUAAAAGUUGGGGAGAAAAUUCCAUCUUUUAUGUGCCAACAAUAGGAAUAGGAUUGACUGAUUAGGUGGAAAUGAUGGGAAUUGCUAAUGUGCUUGUUACAUGUAAUACAGUUCAUCAGCCAGCUCUAAACAAUCUGUGACAUAAAUAUGAACAUACAUUUUUAAUUUUCUCCUCAACAGGGAAUAAUGUGCACUCUGUUGUUCAAUAUAACUAUACUCUUCAACCUCUCUCUAUGAUUUUUAUUUAAAUGUCUGUGUCCCUUACUUUUCUUUUUAAAUAUUGUUAGACACCUAGAACAAAAGCAUUGUAAUUAUUUUUGUUACAUAGAUUAAAACACAUAAAUGUCAA